AUGGCGAUGAAUGAUGCCCCCUUGUCGUAAUAUAAAGUGGUAAACGUUCUGCCGAAAUCACCCGGGUCUUUGACCUCUGGGUUCAGUGAACGCCAUUCAGACCUGUCCCGUACGAGUGCGCUUUCCAUUACUUCAGUGGCGAUGUAAUCUUUCAGUCUGUUUACGCCUCUCGUAACUUUUUCCAGUGAGAUGUAGGACAUAUAUUCUGCAAAACCUUCAUUCAACCAUAGCUCGUCCCACCACUUCAUCGUUACGAGAUUUCCAAACCACUGAUGGGAAAUUUCGUGUGCUACUGUUGUCGCUACCUUGUACUUGUUUAUAAGAGGACUGAACAAUUCGCUGUACAGGAGAGAAUGUGGUCGAAAAGUCAGUAGUCCCCAAUUUUCCAUCGCACCGAACGCGUUAAACGCAAUCAUAUCUGAAAUUCGAGAUACUGUACAGCAUCAGCAAUAUCAGUCAGAUGACUUUUUGGACAUGCCAAUCUUACCUAACUUUGGUAGUGGAUAUUUGAUACCAGUGUAG